CACGAGUGAUGGCCAAUGCAUGUACCGCAUGACGUCACACCCUGCGUCCCCGCAAUUCGGAUGCCACAUUCGGCGCCGGUGACAAUACAAUCAACCUUAUCCUCACCUCGACCAUCAAAGGAUGCCUCCGCUUCAUCUCCUCUGCCACUGUCGCAACGUCAGCUUGAACCUCGUCACCGACGAUAACGGAUAUACGCUCGAUCACCCCGCUUACACCUUCCUCACCACUUAUUGUGAUGCCGGCGGAGCUGAGCUGCUGUUCUGUGGAUACUGCGGCGCGCGCUUGGCGAGACACGAGGGCGGGGGCAGAGUCAGCCCACUGAUCGGCUGCAUCGACAUUCCAAAGGACGCUGCGAGCGCCGCUGUGCUUGGGGGAACUACGAUCAGAUGGGAGCAUGGGAUGAAGCCGGAGCCACUGUCGGCCGGCGAGGGGGAUGAUCCGCAGGAGGAGGCUCUGAAGGGCCGCUGCCUCUGCGGCGCCGUCACUUUCAGCGUCUUGCGCCCGCCAGAAAACUACAAAGACGAUGCCGUACUGAAAGACUGGAUCAAGCCUGGUCGCAAAUUCGCCACCACCCUCUGCUUCUGCCGCACCUGCCGCACCACCACCGGCGCUCCUUACUGGAACUGGACCUUCGUCCCGCGCUCGCUCAUCGAUAUCCCCGCGGCCUCGUUGGAAGCGCUGCGAACGUACGAGAGCUCGGCGAAGGUGGAGCGGCUGUUCUGUGGAAAGUGCGGGGAGAUGUGCUUCUACAAGCACUCAGUCGCUGGAGGCGGGGUGAUGUGGGACGUCGCAAAGGACACGUUGCGCGUGGAGGGGAACGAGAAGGAAUGGUUUGUGGGAGUAGAUGAUGGGGUGGAGGAGACGCGCGUGGACAAGUACAUAGAGGGCUGGCAGGAAGGGAAGUGCAGCUUCGAGGAGGAAGGAUGGGCGUUUCUUGAGAAGGCUACGGUGGAGCAUGUCGCGCAGGGCUGGAGAGAGAAGUGGAGCUCGGAUAAUUGAGAGAGUAGUAUUGCGUUUUGAAAUUAGCACCAUUAUAUCCGUU